GCGCACUGGACCGUAAUCGUUUCCAACACUCAUCUUUCAAUCCAGUUAGGCCAUAUGCAUUGAUAGUACGCACACAGUUCUGCCGCAUCACGGCUGAUCAUGUUAACUCCACAGCCUCAAUCUGCGUCGAAAGAGCUUUGCCGUCCCGCUCCGGAUGAGGUUACCUCAUCCAAGAAGACAGUGAACGGAAUUAAACCAGUAUCUAAGAGGCUACCUGCAAAAUCCCCAAAAUCAUGGCUGUUUGGCCUGGGCAGACACAAUACUAGUGCUGAAAAGAUACUCAAACACGCUAGCAAGGAUGACGGAGUGGGUGCUGCCAAACUGAGCUCGCCAUCACCUCGCGCUGCCAGUGGAGCCGGCAAGCCUAUGCGCUCUUUCACGGCGACCGCUCAAAGAUCGUUCUCUGACCCCUGUAAUGAAGCGGGUGGGAAAUCUGGUGAAAGACGCCUGUCAAACCCGGUCACUCAACGACUUCAAUCACCAACCGAAAGUAAUUUGAAGCAGCUCAACAAACAAAUCACCUGCCGUGUUCAAGCCAAUGAUGUGCGAAAUGGAAGUAAAAGAUCACCGACAUCAUCGCGUAGAUGCAGUGAGAGUAGUUCUGCGACAUUGUCCCGCGACUCAAGCACGUCGUUCACAGUAAUGAUAGCUGACCCGAGCACCGACAGAUUUUCUUCGGCCGCACUCGACGCCUCAACUUUGGUCGAUGCCGACGUACAACGUUCGUGCACGGUAGAGGAUAGUAGUGAUAGCCUCCGUGCUGAAGAUGAGCAGGAAAUGGAAUUCGUCGUACAGAACGCGCGAAGUACUCUUCAUGAGGACCGCGUGGAGGAGAACGUCGACCAUGGGGACGGCACACCCAGUGCAACAAUCGAUGGUCCCCUAGAAGACGUGGAGGUUUCUAUGGAGUAUUUGUCCCUCCUUGAUGAAGGCAGUGAGUUGCGGUACGAACAUUUAAGCAAUUCAGUCAGUCUUGCCGCUCGCGAUGAAACCGAUUGUUCUGUGGAACAAGCUGCUCAGUCUUUUGGAAAGCUUUCAAGCCUGUCGGACUAUGUACCUCUGGAAGAAGAUCCUACCACAGCAGAUUCAAACAUCAUUCAGAAAGGCAAUCUCGAACGCAUUGAUAAGAAUCUCCAGUGUACCGUACCAAAUGAGGAUGCUCAAGGCACCCCGCUUGAAGUCAGUCGUGCGCAGGAGGAAAUUCUUUGGCUGCGACAACAAUUAGCCAUCUGUGAGAUGUCCAGACAGCAAUCGGAGAAGGAUCUAGAAACGUACCGGGAACGGUUGUCCUCGCUCGACGAGCGAGCCAUGGACGAAGAACGCCAGUUGGCUUCCUACGAGCGGCGAUUGUUGGAAGCAGACCAUCGUAUAAAGCACGCUGAGGAGGCUUCCGUGCUGCAGGUCAAGGAUCUGAAGGAUCAGCUUAGCGCUUUGAAUAAUGAAUAUCAAGAGGUCCGGAAUCAGCUGUUUGAAUCGCACGAUCGAGAUCAAGUAUUGAAUGAUAAAAUGACGGCUAUGCAGGAGAGUCUGGACCUUCUUCGUGAAGAAAAGGAUGAAGUCUAUCAGCUUUUGCAAGAUGAAAAGGCCAAAACAUUUCGACAUGAAGCAGACUUCCGCCUUUUUUCCCGAAAAAUCCGUACUUUACAAGAACAAAACAGCCAGCUACAUCAAGAGGCAGAGCAGCUUCGAAUUGAACUGCGGCGUAUGCAAUAUGAUGCGCCAUCUCCUUCAUCGCCGUCAAUAGGCGAUAAUUUCUACAAGGAACGCUUGGAGGAGGCUUUGCUUGAUAAUGAAGCUCUUCGGGCAUUGCUUGAAGAAUUCAAGCGCGAGAAUGACGCUCUUAAACUCCAGCUGACCAACACAUCCAUCGCUCCAUCGUCAAAUAUCCAAGAAUCAACGAAAACUCUGGAAACAUCCCCCAUGGACCUGGCACGGUCCGCGAACAUACACAGCCGUCUUUCUUCAGGUGCCCGUAGUCCUACUUUGCACCGUAUGCGGUCAUUCCCGGCUUGGGAACGACAGACACCUACAACGACAACAGGAGAUCGGAAAGCUUUCGUAGAUAGGAUGAGACAGUAUGAAAGCGAGUUUUCACCAACUAAUGGCCGCGGUUGCACCCAGUUAUCACCAGAUAGUCCCUUUGCGAAGCAUACAAUGCCCGAUAUAAUCGGUUCCCCCUCAACCUUUAAAUCGAGUCCUGACCUCAAAUCCACAAAUGGUCGUUUGGAGGACAAUCGUUCAUCUCGCCGAGCGUCAAUUGCCAGCACUUCAGAGUCCCCAUUAAUUCAUAGAGAGUUGCAAAGUACCGCUGACACGAAGAAAGAGCCGUCAGUUGAUUAUUUGGAGUUGCGACAUAAGCUCUCAGAAGAUCUCAAGUCUUUGAUGGAUCACAAGGCCAAGCUGACAUCCGAAAUGAGCCGCAUUCCUGCCAGCGGUGGUCUUGGCCGUGUUCGCCGACGUAAGGAAGAGUUGGAUACCCAGUUAGAUGAGGUCGACGGGCAGAUCGGCACUGUGAAGAGAAGGAUGCGAGAAAUGGGAAUGCUUUAGAUUUUAAUAGUAAUAACCGUUUGGCUUAGUGCAACAUCGAUUGCAUCUUGCAUCCAAUUUCAACGAAAGUAAAUGGAAUUGUGGCGGGGGAGCCGGUUAGUCUCAUGAUUGCUUGCUUCGGGAGAGUCGAGAAUAAAUAACAAGCGGGGGAAGAGCGAGAAUGAGGAUUUAUAUAGAAAAUCGAGUGCAGCUGCAGAACAAUCCAGGCGUCUUUCAUUGAUAUCGCAUUAACUUGUACAGGAAACUCACAUUUGUAGUUUCCACACCGCUAUGUAGAAACAUGAUUACCUAAG